AAGUAUACCAAGCGUAUCCCUGACCUUAUUUUUAACGCGCCGCAAAUUAACUCGAUAUCGAUUUAUUUUUUGUCCACCCAUUCACUUGUUCACGAUACUUUCGCCAUCUCGGCGGGACGAGGAGGGGAACAGUCUCAGUGUCUGCCAUGCGAGUCGCAACUCGUUUAUUUUUAUCCGUCGCCAUAUUAAGCGCGUGUUUCGCCACCAAACGCUGCCCCCGCGCUGAAAAAUUCAACGUGAUCCUCCAAUGGACGCACCUAAACUACACCUGGAGAUCUCCCGAAGAGUACGAAAUGGCCGUCAGCACCGGGAGGUACGUUCCUUUGAACAACGCUCCUACCGGAAUCAAGAUUUACAAGAACACCUUGUUCAUCUCGGUUCCGAGGUUCCGACCUGGUGUACCGGCCACCCUGGCUUCGGUGGAGGCCAAAUCCCUCAAUCCCUUGCUUGUACCAUUUCCCAGCUGGGAGAUGAGCGAUGAGUCCAAGUGCACCAACCUUCAGAGCGUCCAAAGCAUGGAGAUCGAUUCCAAAGGGACUAUGUGGGUAUUGGACGGAGCCAGGAUCAACGGCUACUCCAAAUGCCCCGCCAAGCUUCUACUUUUCGACCUCACAGAUGGAGCCGGUCUCUUAAGGACAUAUACUUUCUCCAACGAAAUAUCGCUCCAAGACGGUGGAUUCUUGAACGAUUUGGUGAUCGAUGAAACCGAUGGUGAAUUUGCUUACGCUACAGAUAAUUCGCAAAUCGAUCCUGGCCUGAUAGUAUACUCGAGGUCGAGGAACAAAGCGUGGAAACUUAGAGACGCCUCGAUGUAUCCUCAAGAGGGUGCUAGUAGAUUCGAGGUUAAUGGGAAAAUUUUGGACAGUUUCCUUCCCUUGGAUGGUAUCGCGCUGUCUCCAAAAUCGGAAAGAGGCUCGAGAAGGGUGUACUACUGCGCUAUGGGGGCGUUAAACUUGUACUCCAUCCCCACCAAGGUGCUGAAAGAUUCUAAAUUGAUCGAAUCUGGAAACUGGAGACGCCACAUCGUCAAAGUGGGCCAGAAAUUGGCUCAAAGCGACGGGCUGGUGAUCGACAACGAAGGAAGCAUGUUCUACACGCUUUUGCCAUACAACGGGGUUGCCAGAUGGAGCACCAACUCUUCCUUAUGGAGUUCUGAGAUAAUCGACCAAAACAAAGAGACUAUGGUGUGGCCCGAUGGGUUUGCCUUUGACGAGAGCGGAUAUAUUUAUUUAAUUACUAAUUAUAUUUAUAACUUUAUCGACCCCUUGGCAGAGGUGGAGAAAGACGGUCGGAUUCUGUUUAGAGUGCACAGAUACCGCACAGGAACCAAAAGUUAUUUAUUUACUUAGUUUGGAAUAGCAUUGUUAUGUUGAAUGUAGACACCUCUAGCUAGUAAAAUAAAUAUUGCUUGUCAUGAUAUUUUUUUUUGACGUUCACCCUUU